GCAACCCACCAAUCACAUUCGGUCUGCCUACUCACUGAGGCUAAAGUCACUGGAUUCUUGUUCUUCAGAAGUUUUAUUUUUUAAAUUAUUUUUAUUUUAUUUUUUUUACAUAACUCCACGCAUGGCAGAGAAUAAGCCAUACCGUUACGGGCUCAUCGUCCUAGGGUUGGUGCUGGUGGCACUGGGAGUUUUCUUGGUGGCUGUAGAGAAGCCUCAGGUGUUUGCCACUUUCUGUACAAUGGGGGCGUUGAUGGUGAGCAUUGGGACAGUUUGGAGCAUAUGCCAGUGCUACCCACGGGUAACGUUCAUCCUGCCAGAACAGGAAGUGUUAGGAAGCAGUGAGAAACAGGAGCUGUGUGCUGAAGUCAAGGUCCUACCGGUCAGCAACAGUCCCGAUGAACCUAUCAGGGCUCCUCUGGCUGUCUUCAGUCACAUAGAGGAUGUUGAAGAGGAUAAAAAGGAUGAAAUCCCCUCACUAGCUGAAACAGGACAAUCUCUUGAGAUCACUGGCAUCCCCCAGAGCUCUCCCAGCAUGCACCAAGCCUGCUCAAGUGCCUCUCUUCCAGACAAGAGGGCUACACAACCUGAUACUGAUCUCUACUAUGGCGAGGUGGAAGAUCCAAGCAGCUUAAAAACAGAGCUGGAUAGUGAAUAAAAGUCUGAAAUGAAAGUCUUUUUAAAUCAGGGGUCAUAAAUAUGCGCGCACACACACACACACACACACACGCACACACACCCCACCUACUGUGACUCACAUUACCAUGGACACAGGGAAUGGGAAUAAAGAAAGAAGGAGUGAAGGAAGGAAAGUCAGUAAAUAUUUAAAGUUUAAACUGAAAAUGGCUCUGAAUCACAGUUAGCAGUUUACAAUAGCAGCAGCGGUCAGUAUUCUCCAGUUUUCUCCAGCAAAGAAGAAACGAGAAGAGCGAUAUGAUGAGUAAAAGAGUGCAGAGUGCAGGUCUCUAAACCGAAUAGUUGUUAUGAAGCAGGUGCACUUAGAAUAAUAUUCAGGUUCAGCUGCCAUCAAACAAACAUGACAACCCUGGACACAAGUCAUGCAGCAGCGCUAUGAAAAUAACCAGACACGGCCAUUGCUUUAUAAGGGAAAAAAGCAGGCACACAGAGUUUACUCUGACUCACAGUUAGUGAGUAAUUUGGGUGCACAUGCAUCCAUUUAGCUGUCAGAGCAGUGCAACUCUGAAAAUUCAUUAAAAUCAGAAAUCAGUUUGGUGUAAUUUUGUUAUUUUCUCUAACACUGAGCUAUUGGAAGAGCUAGAGCUAUUUUCCGACCCGUUUCAUCUGGCCUACAUUCGAAGUUGUAAUGCAAAGUGGUAUCCAGUCAUUUCAAUAAAUUUCCAACGAUCUUCAACUCAGACUUGUUUUCUGAACUCGAUUUAAACCCAGUUUAACAUAACUCUAUGCAAUCAUGCUGCUGGAUUUCUGCAGGACAGACUACAAGAGCGGGGGAUUUCACCUCCACUCAGACGAGGAAGAGCCAUUUCAGGAUAUACGGGAAAAUAGGCUUUAGCCUGCUGACCUCCUAGAACCCUGUAAUAUUUCCAGAUGCAUUUACAUGUAUUCAUUUCACAGACGCUUUUAUCCAAAUCAAUUUAGAAAUGAGUCAGAACACAGUCCAAGCUGGGAUCUACAGCUAACAGGGAUACAAGUGCUGCACAACCACGUUUCCACCGAUUGACCUGGAAAGAAAAAUGUGCAAAAAUAGGAGAGUCUUCUCAUGAAUGCGAGUGUGGAAAGAGGGUAGCCAUCACACACACACACACACACAAUGCAAAAAUAGGUUAGCUGGUACAAAGUAGAUCACUUCACAAUUUUCAAUACGCUUUUCAAAUAAGUUCAUCAUUGCACCAAAAUUAGUAGCUGCACAUUUUUACUUUUAAUGCUAAAAGUCACACAGAGCGGAAAUGAUUGUUUAUACUGCUGAUUUUGCUAACAAAC